GGCAGCAGUCUCUCAAGCCCGACUCUCUCAGCAGAGAAGUUCCCUUUCUCCACUUACUCCCUACAGUUUAACCCAUUUCAAGGGAUAACAAGGGGGAUCCAGAAGAGUAGCCUUCAGCAACAAACCCACUGGACUCUUAAGGAUGAGGUCCUUUAUAUUAUUGGCGAUUGCUUUGACAGCCACAGUCAAAGCUCGGAUUAACCCUGCACUUGAUAACCACUGGCUGCUAUGGAAGAACACGCAUAGCAAAGAGUAUGAAGAUGAGACAGAGGACCUUCAAAGACGAAUUACUUGGGAAAAGAACCUCGAUUUUGUCAAUAUGCAUAACCUGGAGUACUCGAUGGGAAUGCACACCUAUGAGCUGGGAAUGAAUCACCUCGCCGAUAUGACUAGUGAAGAAAUGAAGUCUAAGCUGACUGGUUUAAUACUACCUCCACACAGCGAGAGGAAGGCCAAGUUUAGCAGCCAAAGGAAUGGCACCUUUGGAGGUAAAGUACCAGACUCCAUCGACUGGAGGGAUAAAGGAUGCGUCAGUGACGUUAAAAACCAGGGAGGAUGUGGUUCUUGCUGGGCCUUUAGUGCAGUCGGGGCCUUGGAGGGACAGCUGAUGCUUAAAACAGGAAAACUGGUUUCUCUCAGCCCUCAGAAUCUUGUGGACUGUGCAUCAAAAUACGGGAACAAGGGCUGCAGUGGGGGCUUUAUGACGAGCGCCUUCCAGUAUGUCAUUGAUAAUAAUGGCAUUGAUUCUGAUAGCUACUAUCCUUAUCAUGCUAUGGAUGAAAAGUGUCAUUAUGAGCUUGCAGGCAAAGCUUCCUCAUGUGUUAAAUACACAGAGAUUGUUCCUGGCACAGAAGACAACCUCAAGCAAGCCCUAGGUACUAUUGGUCCAAUAUCAGUUGCCAUAGAUGGGACCCGCCCCACAUUCUUCCUUUACAAAAGUGGUGUUUACAGUGAUCCAUCCUGCUCUCAGGAAGUUAACCAUGGCGUCCUUGCAAUUGGCUAUGGGACUCUCAAUGGACAGGAUUUCUGGCUUCUAAAAAACAGCUGGGGAACAUAUUAUGGAGACAAAGGAUUUGUCCGCAUUGCAAGGAACAAGGGAAACCUGUGUGGAGUGGCUAGUUACACCUCCUACCCAGAAAUAUAAGGGUGCGGAACCAAGAUAUGGAACAAUAAAACAGAUCUUUCAUAUGCUCACUUAUUCUUUUUCUUUUAUACUGUAUCUUAGACCUAAUAAAACAGACAGGGCACGUUUGCACUUAUUUCUAUAAAAAUACUUGAUCCUGUUAAAAGUCGACUUAUGGUGUCCUGUACCGAAAAAAAAAAGCUGCUCUACCAUUCAUGCCCCCCCCCCAAGGGUGUGGAGUGACAGCUCAUGAUUGCUUUGGUUUUUAUUUAUAAAAUGUGACCAGGGUCGGACUGGGCCAGCGGGACACCAGGAAAAAACCCGGUGGCCCCUCAUGGGCCGAAACUCGCUCCUCUGAUAGGCUGCCCAUGCACGCGGUGUCCCAUGUAAGUACAUGCGAGCUGGGAGGGCCACAGGAGUUCGGAUCUCCAGCGAGGCCCCAGUGAGGGCCCUUGUUGUCGCAGCCCCAGUGGGCCACCAGUGCUCCAGUCCGACCCUGAAUGUGACACAUCUAUUUCUAAUAAAACAGCUAAAGUUCACUGGAAACCUUGCAGAGGCAAAGAACCAGGAGACAAAUAUCAAUAAACACUGAAACUGAGCCUUUGCUAGUGCCUAAGGAUUAGGGAUGCACCAAAUCCACUAUUUUCGAAUAGAAAAAUUUCAUGAACGAUUUUGCCAAAUCCAACCCCUCAUUUACAUAUGCAAAUCAGCGCAAAGGAGAGUGAAAGAGAACUGCGCGGUUCAACAUUUAUUUACUUCCAAAAGUCAUGUGAUUUUAAGGAUUUGGAUUUGAUUCAGCGGAAUCCUGCUGAAAAAGGCAGAAUCUGGAGAAUACUGAACCGAAUCCUGGAUUCGGCCCAUCCCUACUAAGGAUUUUUUUUAAUGCACUGGGAUUUUAAGAGCUGUUAAACUUCACUGUUAUGCCUACUGCAAAAAUGAUGGAUUUGGGGUUUUAUCUAGGGGUUUAAUUGCUGUAACAUAGAUCUGUAUAGGGUUUGUUAACAAUUUUAGACUCUUGUAAUUCUAUUUUUUUCCUCAUCAGUUUCGAUGUACAAUUUCUGAUUGUUGAAAUAAAUUAUCUGAUAGGAAA